GGGGAGUCCUACGGUUGAAGCGCAUCCCGUUACCAUCGACGUGCCGUUUUUCACCCCAACGGUCAACUCAUUGCAACCACCGCAGGUGGUAGGUUGCAAGUACACGGUGAAUUCCGUGACGUCAGCAUUACUCUAUGGGAUACACGCUCAGGAAAGGAAAAUAUCACUUUCCAAGUAUCAACGAGCCGCGGCGAAACAAACUGGGGAAUCACUGGGUUGGUGAUUUCUACAACGGGGAAACUUGUGGCCUCAUCUGAGACUGGACGUGGGACGAUUGUACGGAUGUGGGAUCUCGAGACCCGCGCGGAGAUUGGGAGAUACUGCAUUGAGGCAGGCUUUGCGGGCUUAUCGUUUUCGGCCGACUGUCGGUAUUUACUUCCGGGCCCCAAAAUCGGGGCUCUCCCAAUCCCACCUGCUGUUCGGGCUACUAGUCAGGGAACUUUAGAAUCCGGGAUAGCGGACAUGGAAGCAGCGGAAAGCUGUCUCUACGUGGGGUCCCAGUGGGUGCGUCAGGGAUUUGAAGACCUUCUCUGGCUUCCGCCAGCUUAUAGACCCGACCUACGCUGUCUCGCCGUGCGGGAUGGAACUAUCGGUCUUGGAGCACAUCACGACAUGCCAUUGGCAAUGGUUUUGUUCAUCAAAAUAGACCUUGCGAAAACGCCAUUGGCGAGCAGGCGCAGGAGGUUGAUGCUUCAGGUCUGAGAAGAAGGCUUUUGGUGGAGCUGUUGGUUCCUACGAAGUACUUGGGAGGCUUUAGCAAAGGGUAUCUUUUUGGUGGCUCUGGAACGAGCAAGACUACGCGAGGUCGCAGUC